AGCUGCUCUAAGUGAAUAAAAACUGCCCAAGAAACUAAAUACAAUAAAAUAGACGUGCAUGCGGAAGCCGUGUCUCAUUCUUGAGCUCAAAACUGGUGGAUUUGCUUGGUCUUGCUCUCUGUCCUCCCUCAGAAUGGCUUAAAGUUGACAAGCUGGAUAAUAGUAUAUUGCUUUGGAAUAACUUAAAUGCAUAAAGAAUUCGAGCCAAACUUGCUUUAUGUUAAUGUUGGGGAAGGAUCUCUUUAACUUGAAGACCACUCACAUGGUUAUGCGUGUGUGUAUUUUUGGUUUUUCUGUUGAAGAGAACAGUUAGAUACUAUAAAUGCCCCCAGAAAGGAAUAUUUUGGCGCAUAUUAAGUGAUCAUAAUACAGUUUCGUUCCUGGAUAUUGUUUGAGAGUUUGCUCUAUCGUGAACAAAUAAAUACUGCAUAUUUAACAAAGGCUGUAUAUCUGAAACCAAGCAUUCCUCCAUAAAAAAGGUUUCAGCUCUCCCUCUCUCUUCCAAUUAUUUUCUCAAAGAAAAUGAUGGAGAUUUUCUCAGGAGUAUGGCCUUAUAUGAUUGCAAUGCUGUUUUUCAUUGCUUUUCUCACAAGAUUAUACCGAAAAAAGAACGUAGAGAAGACAAUAUACAGACUGCCCCCUGGAAGAAGAAGCUGGCCAUUAAUCGGGGACAGCUUCAACUGGUAUAAUGCAGUUGCAAGUUCUCAUCCCCCUAGCUUUGUCGAAGAACAGGUCAAAAGGUUUGGGAAGAUAUUCUCAUGCAGCCUGUUUGGAAAAUGGGCUGUGGUCUCAGCAGACCCAAACUUUAACCGAUUCAUAAUGCAAAACGAAGGGAAGUUAUUCCAGUCCAGCUAUCCGAAAUCAUUCAGAGAUUUGGUGGGAAAAAAUGGGGUAAUCACGGUACAUGGAGAGCAACAAAGAAAACUCCAUGCCAUUGCCUCUAACAUGAUGCGCCUAGACAAGCUCAAGUUCAAUUUCUUGAAGGACAUUCAGAUGGUUAUGCUUCAAACCCUGGGCAAUUUCCACAACAAUCAAGUCAUUUUCCUGCAGGAUAUUUGCAGAAAGGCAAGAAACAUAUAUGUUUCCAUCAAUCUUAUGGUAAAUCAGCUGCUGGGAGUCACCAGCGAUUCAGAAGUAAAUGAGAUGGCUCAAUUGUUCUCUGUCUUUGUGGAUGGCUGCCUCUCUGUUCCAAUAAACUUACAAGGUUUCACUUAUCACGCUGCCAUGAAGGCAAGAGAGAAGAUUAUAAGAAAGAUAAAAAAGACAACAGAGAAGCACAGGCAAGAGGGUGCAUUACCAGUUGGCAGUGGUGUACUUGGAAGACUAGUAGAGGAAGAAAGCUUACCCGAUGAUGCCGUAGCAGACUUCAUCAUCAAUCUCCUAUUUGCAGGGAACGAAACAACAGCUAAAACCAUGCUUUUUGCUGUUUACUUCCUCACUCACUGUCCCAGAGCAAUGAAGCAACUUCUGGAUGAACAAGAAAGUCUAGGGAGUAAGUGUAACGGAGAAGAACUUACAUGGCAGGACUACAAAGCAAUGUCUUUCACUCAAUGCGUUAUUGAUGAAACGCUUCGCCUUGGGGGCAUUGCAAUUUGGCUACUGAGGGAGGCAAAAGAAGACGUUACUUACCAAGAUUAUGUUAUUCCCAAAGGGUGCUCAGUGGUUCCAUUUCUUUCUGCAAUUCAUUUGGAUGAGAAUGUGUAUGAGGGAGCUCUAACAUUCAACCCUUGGAGAUGGAUGAACCCUCAAAAUGAGGGAAAGAGAAACUGGAGAAAUAGCCCAUUCUACGCUCCCUUUGGAGGAGGAGCAAGGUUUUGUCCAGGAGCAGAGCUGGCUCGCCUGCAGAUUGCUUUAUUUCUCCAUAACUUUGUCACUCAAUACAGGUGGACCCAACUUAAGGAAGAUCACAUGUCCUUCUUCCCCUCUGCUCGUUUGGUAAAUGGCUUCCAAAUCCGCUUAUCUAGACGCCAAUAGCUAGCUAAUCAGAAGAAGUGCAAGAAUUGAUUUGAUCUUCUCUCUCUCUCUCUCUCUCUCAUAAUUUCAUCGUACGCAUUUUAUUUCCCAACGAUUUGUAAAUUCUUCUACAAACUCUGAUCAAUUCACACCAGAAAAGUACGUUGU